UACCGUCAGUUUACACCUGUCAACUCUCCUGUCACCAUCCCCCCCGCGUUCACAUCUACUCCGCAACCUCCGACUAAUAAUUUUACAAACUCCGAGAUUUUUAAGAAAAUCCGCAAAUAUCGUGGAGAAGAAAAUUCGCAAAGUUAAUCUAUACAGUUAAGGAUGUGAAGUGUACACCAGUGAUAUAAUUUAUACAGCAGCAUGAUGUGAAAUUAUUAAACCCAGCCAUGAGAAAAUGGCCGUGCUGGGAUGGAAGAAAUGAUCGAUCCCGCUCCCGCAUGUUUAUGACUGAUUGCCCCAAGUUGUUAUGAUAUUUCAAAUGGUGAAUCUGGAGUCGUCUUCGUUUGGCCUCGGAGAUUUUAGUAGUGUACUCCAUGAAAUAUUUCUCCCAAACUCAACUUCAUCAGUUGACCCCAAACUAGUCCUUAGAAGUGGAGGAUUUUUACCACCCUACUCCUCCCCAUCCCCAGGGCGUAAUCACGUGACCUACUCCUCCCCAGGGCGUGAUCAUGUGACCUACUCCUCACCAGGGCGUGAUCAGGUGUCCUACUCCUCCCCAGGGCGUGAUCACGUGACCUGUUCCUCUCCCUCCAGCUCCCCCGUCAGGCAAGUGUCGACGUACACGAGCCUAAACUCCCCGGGAGGAGGAGAGGAGACUCCGUCUCCGUCAGAAGAGCUUAGUAAAGACGAGGUUAGACCUCCGUCUCCUAGUCACAGAGUAUCCUCGCCCAUUGAUAUAGUAAACCUUGCCUCACAGGAAAUACGGAGACCUAGUUCAAGAAGAGAGGAGAAGGGUCGAGUAGCCUGGAACCUUGCUGGGUUAGUUUCGCAUCUUCAGCCUGAGCCUGCCCUCCCUCAUCCAUACUCAGGGUACGCCCAUCCCGCCCACUCAGUAGGCUACGCACCAAACCUUCACCACCUUCCACCUGAGGUUUCUUCAGCAGGGUCCAGCUACAACUUUGCCGCAGCCAUGGGUGUUACAGCACCUCCAGGAUUAGCUCCACUCUCACUUAGCUCUAGUAAUGAGUCUCCUAGCUCUAAUCCUCCUGCUCCCAAUCCUCCGUAUAAAAUGGAGCCAAUGGAUACUUCCAUGUACUACCAUGGAGGUGUCCCGGAGCCUGGAGAACAUCAUAAUGGAGGUCCUCCAUCUUUUCAGGCCCCCUUAGAGCACACUGACGUCAUGCAGACUCUACAUCAGUACCUUCAACCUUCUGUUGAUAUGCCUCAUGAACCAAUGCCAGAGGGUGCCUGGUUGGAUCACACUGGACUGCAUCCUGGACUGUUUCCUCACCAAGAAUAUGAUUAUAGGAGCUAUACUGAUAGAAAGAAGAAAAUUAUCCGGGAAUGGAACAAAAAUAAUUCAUCGCCCCGCCCCCCGGAAACCCUAUCCGCCGCAGGGGACCCCCUCCGCCAUCCCUAUAUGGGGCCGGAGUUCCUACACAACUCAUACGCCCCAUACGGAGUCAAGGAUGAACCCCUGAGGACAGAUUACUAUUCGGCAUACGCCGCAUACGGAGCGGAAGGUUUGGUGAACCCCUAUGUGCAUAUGGGUCGAAGGGAGAAAAGAAAAAAGCAUGAUAGCUUACCUGGGGGGAACAGUCUUACUAGGCUGAUCUGUGACAGGGAUGAGAGGAAAGCACAAGCGCUAGGUCUACCUAUAACCUGCAGUGAUAUUAUCAACCUACCGAUGGAUGAGUUUAAUGAUCUACUCAGCAAGCAUGAACUUACAGAGGAACAGCUCACACUGUGUAGGGAUAUACGAAGAAGAGGAAAAAACAAGGUGGCUGCACAGAACUGCCGUAAACGAAAGAUUGAUCAGAUAAAACAGCUGGAAACUGAGGUUACAAGGAUUAAAUGCAGGAAAACUGAGAUAAUGACAGAUCAUGAUAAACUGAUGCAACAGCGCGCAACCUGGACAGAUCUCGUUAAACGACUCCAUGAUUAUGUUCUUAAGGAACUUGGACAUGAUCCUAAUCAUUGGCAGUUGAACAUUGAUCAUAGUCGUCAGGUUCAUAUCCUACCCAGAGGACAUAUUGAUCCCUCCAGGGGGACGCAACCUCUCAUCGAUCCUAGCUCUAGAAUACAACAAUCUCAUCAUGAUCCUUCCCGGGGGUUGGAUCACCGAGCUCAUCUAAUGGAUCAGGGUCGAGGACAAGGACAUGGUCAUGGUCAAGGACUCCUAGAUCACGAGGUUCAUCAACAUGAACAUGAACUAGGAGUCAACAUGCGGCAGGAUCAGGAUAAGGUAAGAGCUUUCAACAUGGGACUACGUGGAAACCAUGGACCUAUCUCCCAUCCUGUUCCAGUUCAUCCGAUUCAUCCAUCCUGAUUCCGUUCCUGUUCAUCCCAUCCAUUCUGACACUGUUCCUGUUCAAUAGCAUCAUGUAACCAUACAAUUUUGUUCCAGUUCUUCUGAUCCUGCUAUAGUAGUCCUGAUCGCCCCGUCCACCUGAUCCGUCUAUACAGUUGUCCUGAUUCGUCUCAGUCCUCUUCCUCCGUCACGAAGUUGUCUUGAUACGUCCCAGUCCUCCUCCUCCGUCAUGAAGUUGCCUUGAUACGUCCUGCGAUUUUCCAGGUCCGUCCGAGUCACCCUAAUCCGUCCUUCAUCCUAAUCCGUCUCAGUUCUCCUGAUCCACCCCAGUCCUCCUUAUCCGUUCUGCAUUCGUCCUGAUUCGAGGUUGCUUGAAGAGAAACAUUAAUUGCAAAUGAAGAACUUUUUGAUAAAUGCCUCACUAGUUUAUAGUCAUCAUGCCAUCCCGGUAUAUUAACAUGUUUAUUACUAUAAGCUUUUUUCAUGUUUAAUUUAAAUUGAAAUCAUAAACUUUUUAAACUUGUUAAUUGAAAACUUAGAAUUGCGGAAUUGCCAAUUUUAUUCCCUUUACCUAGUAAUUUGGAAUAAAAAAUAAUUUAAUAAAUGAGUGUGAAAUA